AUGUCCAAUAAACAUCGAAUUAAAUCAUUUGAUUUAUCAAAUCCAUUUAUAACCGAUUAUAUUUUUUCAUCAUCUUCUAUUCUAUCAAAAUUUAUUCAACUUGAAAAUCUUCUUAUUCAUGAUAUCAAAUCAGAUUAUCUCAAUGAACUUCUUAUUCAUUUAGUUUCUUUACCAUGUCUAUAUUCAUUAGUCAUCGAUUGUAUAGAUAAUGUUACAAAUAAAAACAUUAUUUAUCGUCAAAUAUUUUGUAUACCUGUACUAAAAUAUUGUAAAUUAUCAUUGAAUGAACCUUUUAACCUUAUUCCAUUACCUAUUACAACUACUGAAUUUAGUCCUAUUGAAUAUCUUAUUAUUACGAAUAUUUUACGAGUUAAUGAAUUGAAUGGUCUUUUAUCAUAUGUUCCUCAACUUCAUCGUUUAUCAAUUCAUCUUUCAAAUCAACUUUCUGAAAAAUACCAAGAACAAUAUUCAAUUCAUUUGAAACGUUUAAAACAUGUUGAUUUAAAUAUAAGCAACAUGAAUUUCAAUGAUUUUGAAUUAAUAAUAAAAAAUUUAUUUAAUCAAAUUGAAGUUUUAUAUAUUUCAUCAAAAUAUGAUUUAACAUACUUAGAUGAAAAUCGAUUACAACGACUGAUUUUAUUUCAUUUGCGUCAUUUACGAAUCUUUGAUAUUGUGAUUUUAUAUGCUGCAGACUGGAAUGAAAGUAUUUACGAUUAUACUUAUCUACUCGAUCGAUUUCAGUCUCGAUUUUGGUUUGAUCGAGGUUGGUUUUUCGAAUAUCAAACUUAUUAUGAUUGUCUUGAGCGUUUUAUCUUUUAUUCAAUAAAUCCAUACAGAAGAAAAUCUUACACAAUUUAUGAUGGAAGUAAUAUGAAAAUGUAUUCAUCACGUCCAAAACAUCAAAUAAAUUCAGUUCAAUUUGUUAAAAUUGAAGAGUACGAAGAUAUAAUUAAUUGUAAAUAUGAUUUUCCAAAUGCAACUGAACUUACUAUAUUAUAUUGUUAUGAAAAACAAAAUCAAAACUUUCUCUUAACUAGUUUUAACAAUAUUAUUCCAUUGAAACAACUUACGAAGCUAGUUAUUGAUAGCUACUCUAAUAGUUUUAUAGAAAUAAUUGAACUAUUACUUUUAUCACCUAAUAUUCAUAUCUUCCAAAUUGAUCUUGUAUCACUUGAAUAUUCAGAUUUAAUAUCAAUUGAAAAUAGUGAAACAUAUCAAUUAUUAUCCAAAACAAAUAAUAUUAUACAAAUGAUUAUUAUGUUAGACUGUACAUUGGAAAUAAUAAAAUUUUUUAUUAAUUUAUUUCCUCGAUUACAAUAUUUUACAAUGCGAAUUUCGAAUGAUAAUAUUAAACCAGUUUUAUCGCUUUUAUUUUCGAAAGAUAAUUAUAAUACACAAAAUUUAUUUUCAUUAUGUAUCAAACAUAUGUCUGAUGAAGAAUUUGAUAUAUUGAAGAACUUUAUUGGAUUAGAAAAACUAUUCGAUGUCUAUUUAACGAGAGUAAAACGUGAUAUGUACGAUGAUAAAGUGUAUUUGUGGUGGUAA